AUGUCACCGUCACUUGAGCUUGUGGAUGCUUGUCUCCCCAUAUCAGCAUUGAAAACGUAUGAUUGGAAUGAUCAUCACUUCAUAUUGCAGGGCCAAGGUCCAUUGUUUCGAGUAGUCGAGGACCGUACCGGGAAUGUGGCAGCGCAGGUCCAAGUUUUCAAACGGAAUAAUGUCCAUGGAUUCAUUAUUCUUCAUGAACACAAACAUGAAGAUGCGAAAGACAUAAUUCAAAUUAUAGUAUGGGGUGGAAAAUCCUUGCGUGUUGUUGAUCUUACGUUGGGUUCCGACAAUGCCGUCACAUUGUGCGCAUCCAGCGCCGAAUUUCAAGCUCCAGACUGGAUUAUGAGCGGAUGUACUGCUGUUCUCGACCAGCCAGAUACAGCAUACCUGGUCACGGCAAACAAUGCGUUGUUGAGCUUGAAGCUCUCACCGACUGCGUCAUCUGCAUAUCGUUUGAGAAUCAGCAUUUAUCAACUGGCAACGAGCGUCAAGUGCAUCUUAUACGCAGUGGAUCUCAUUGCGCUCUCUGCCUCUCACAUCUUGAUCGCCGCAGGCACGGUUUUCGGAGAAAUCAUUGUUUGGUCGUGCUUCAUCGAGGCAAGUGAACCAUCGAAAUUGAAUGCAGUUGGGUCGAUUCACCACUACUUCACUGGUCACGACGGGUCAAUCUUCGGCGUACGAAUCUCGCCAAAACUAAGCUCAUUGAAUGGCGGGAAGUCUGGUCGACUCCUAGCAAGUUGCAGUGAUGACCGAACCAUCAGGAUAUGGGACAUCUCGGACUGCGAAAACAAAUCAUCUCAGGACCCUUCCGCAUACUCUACAGAUGGCUUCGAGCUUCGAGGCACUGGGUUUGGAGCUACACAAGGCGAUGCGGGCCUGACAGCUGAAUCAUGUGUUUCGAAAGCUUUUGGACACAUGUCUCGGAUUUGGAGCGUGAACUUCCGGCCUCUCAGAGAAGACCAGCCCAACAAGGUGGGCUUGGUGUCUCGAAGCGAGGAUGCUACUUGUGCCGUUUGGGAUCUGACCUGGAAGUCGGAUUCUGCUGGCGCAUUGACUUUCGAUCUACGCGAGACGUUCUCAAGUCUCCUUCAUUCCGGAAAAAAUCUAUGGUCUUUGGAUCUUUGCAGCCGAGGCGAAGAGACAGUGGUUUACUCAGGUGGUGCUGAUGGUGCCUUGAACAGCUUCGUAGUCAAAGAGACCUGUGCGCCAGAUGAUGUACCAUUGAGUGAUCUUGAUGAGUCUACAAAAGGCCGUCCUUCUAAGAUUGGAACAAAAGCGUUUGGCUUUGUUUCACCAGACUGCUUCGUUGCUUGCUCAGCGAGCGCAGAGCUUCAACUUGGGCAUAUCGGUGCCGGGGAGAAUGCGAAUAUCUCUUGGGAAACCUUGUGUACCGCAAAAGACCCUCGUACAUUCUUUUUGAUUGCAGGAUUUUCGCAUAAGCGACUCGCAUUGAUUGGGAGUGGCCAGGGCUCCUUCCAAUUGUACCGCCAUGACUCAAAAUCACUUUCCCAUCUUGUCAAUAUCGGCGGAAGACCCAUCGGACUCAUUGCACUUGAAAGUUCACAGCUGGAGGCUCUGUCGUUCCUUGCUUAUUACCCAACGGACAAUACUGCAACGCUGGUGUCAGCCACAGGAUUGGAUGACGAGUGCCCGAAAACUGAAGUUAUCACUUUUAAUUUACCACAAGCGCCAUUCGCGGUUUCUGCUGCAUCCUUGAUAUGUAACGGCCAGUAUCUGAUGAUCGGGUCUAAGCUUGGUGGAUUGGCUGUUUAUCGAGUCUCGGAUCUUGGAAUGAACUCCCAGCCUCUGAUAGAGGAUCGACGUGUUCAUGGCCGUGAUGCCACAAACCACAUCCAGGUAGUUCCCUCGAUUGGAGAAUUCAGUGCAAGCAACCCUGAAUAUGUUUUAACGUGCGGACGCGAUGGCUACUUCUGUCUGCUCAAGCUUUACCUGAGUGAUGACGGCGUCAUCUCUUUCGAGGCAGUGCAUAGAUCAUACUCUGGCCUCGCCGGCAAUAUCGGAGGUGCGUACUUUGAUGAAGCAAGUGGUGAUCUGAUGAUCUACGGAUUCCGAUCACAAUCAUUUGUCCUUCAUAACGAGUCCAAGCAGAAGGACAUCAUCUCCAUUCCCUCGGGUGGCGCUCGGAGAGGUUGGGCCUUCAACCCGGAGACUCGCGAUCAAGAGGCUGUCCUUCUCUGGAAAGAUGGCCACAAUAUGUACACGCGCCGCAUUCGUAUGGAUCUUAAUCGGUGCCUCCGAGCUGGAAAUCAUGGCCGGGAGAUUAAGUCGAUGGACAGCGUUGAUUCAAUCCAAGGCAAGCGGUCGCUCUUCGUCACUGGAUCGGAAGAUACUACAGUGCGCAUCUUCGCAUCAUCAACUCCGGACAGUGCAAGCCCGUGGGGAUCCUUCGAAUGUCUGCGCACAUUGGAUACACACAGAACUGGUCUCCAGCAAGUCAGUCUCUCAAAAGACGGUCAGUAUCUGUUCACGAGCUCUGGUUUUGAGGAAUUCUUCGUUUGGAAACUCAAUUUCGUCCCAUCGUUCGGUCUUGCGACAAUCCUUUUGGCUGCUAGCCCGAAAGCUGACCCGGAUUCGGAGCUUCGAGUAACCAGUUUCGAUGUGGUGGAGGUUGAAGAUACUGGAUCUGGAGAGGGCUUUCUCUUGUGCCUGACUCUUUCCAACUCCCUAUUCAAGAUAUUCCACUUCUCUCCAUCCGAUGCGAAGUUUACACUCCUGGCCAGAGGAACGUACAUGACCAACUGUUUGACACAAGGUCAAUUCUGGGUGAAAGAUUCCUCAGUGAGCCUCAUCACCGCCGCUACAGAUGGAUUUUUCACUCUUUGGGACUUGACCACAAUCCUUGAACCAUUCUACAUUAUUUCUUCAUCUACUGUGUCCGCGAAACCAUCUCUCGGAAGCUCUGUCAUCUCACCUGAAGAGAUUUCUUGUGAAAGUCGAUACCAAGUUCAUUCCAACAGCAUCAAAGCAAUCGAGCUGGCGUCAAUAUCAGAAAAUGCCGCCGUGAUUGUAGCUGGAGGCGAUGACAACUCCAUCUCCGUGUCUCUGUUGAAGACAGAUACCGAUGGAGGCGUGCAGGUCGCAACAGUUUCGAUACCAGAUGCUCAUACAGCUGCAACAACCACCCUCAAAAUUCUCCGUCGGCAAACAAGCUGCGCUCCUGGAUCCGAUACUGAACUCACAACAGUUAUUUUCGCUUCCUCAAGCAAUGACCACCGAGUCAAGAUCUGGUCCAUCACUGUGGAUCCUACACAACAUGAUGCGCAGGCAAUUCGGGUUAAUUUCUUACUAGAUCGAUACAGCGCCGUCGCAGACUUAUCAUCCUUGGCACUCAUCAAGACUUCCGAAAAUCAAGGAAAGUUGCUGAUCGGCGGUGUCGGUAUGGAAAUGUUUCAGAUCAGGCUGUAG